AUGUCGAAACAUGAACGACAACAUAAUGUUUCCAAUUCAUCUAAUAUAACAACUGCAUCAUCAAAUGAAUAUCCUAUUCGAGAAGCUAAACGAGCACGAAUUGAAAAUAUAAAUUCAUCAUCAUCCUCAUCAUCAAAUACAAAUUGGUCAACAACACUUUAUAUAGAUACUCAAAUUAAAGAUGAACCAUUAAAAUUAAAUACCGAACAACAAAAUGGAUUUUCAUCAUGUUUUUUAACUGAUAAAUUAUUAAUGCCUGAUAAUAAAAAAUCUUUUAUUCCUCAACAAGAAAAAAUCGAUGAUUUACAAAAUUUACGUUCAUUACAAUCAAAUAGUAGUUAUUCAACAGAAGAAUUAAAUUGUAUACCAUGUACACAUCAACAUAAUCUUAUUGCGUUACGUACAAAUGUUUGGACAUUAUUACGAAUGUUACUUCCACAACUUUCACUUUAUUAUCCAUCAGUAUCAAUGAUUGAUUAUGAAUCAGAUCAUUGUAUUGAUCGUCUUGUAGCUAAUUUAAUACAAAUACCAUCAUAUUAUAGAUCAUAUCCACCUGUAUAA